CCGCAGUCUCUGGUCAUCUCCUGUACUGUGUCCGCAGUCUCUGGUCAUCUCCUGUACUGUGUCCGCAGUCUCUGGUCAUCUCCUGUACUAUGUCCGCAGUCUCUGGUCAUCUCCUGUACUGUGUCCGCAGUCUCUGGUCAUCUCCUGUACUAUGUCCGCAGUCUCUGGUCAUCUCCUGUACUAUGUCCGCAGUCUCUGUUGGUUCAGAAUUUUUUUUUUCUUGUUUUCCUCCUCUAAAAUAUAGGUGGGUCUUAUCGUCAGGUGCGUCUUAUAGAGCGAAAAAUACGGUAUAUAUAUAU